GACGUCAGGGUGAAUCCUGCCCGGCUUGUACAGUCAGUUGUCAAACAUGGCGGCUGUGGAUGUCAUUGUAGGUAACUUGGUGAGUCUGUGGAGGAACCCGGCCGCCCGGACUUACUUCCCCGCGGUUUUUCUGGUGAUUUCAGUCGCGGGGUCGAUCCUGAAGGAGCUGGAGGUCGCCCCGGAGUCUUAUUUCAGCAGCAGCAGGAACGCCCUGAAUGUGUAAGACCAGUUUGUGUUGUUGUUUGUGAACUAAAGGUUUACCGUGGACACACCUGGACACACCUGUAGCUCACUUUGUCAGGUGUCCGGAUGGUUACAGAGCAGGAAUAGCGAUUUUUUUUUGUUGCUAUGGUAACCAACACCACUGUUAUGUAGGUCAGAGUUAGUCAUCUGUGCCGAUAAACAGAAGAAAACUAAAGUUAAAGAGUUAAAAAGAACUUAAAAGGUGGGGAAAAAUCUAUGAUAACAAGGAUUUCUCCCCUCCAAAUCAAAAAGCUGGUGAACUCUCCUCUGCUUAGUUGGAUGGCGUAAAGCUCUGAUAGGGAACUUUAGGGCGUUAGCGCCCCCUGUGGACAGAGCUUCACCUGUUUUAUUUUCUAAUUUGGUCCUUUGUGUUUGUAAAUUGUGUAUUUAUGCAAAAUAAUCCCAUCUCUCUUUAUUUAACAGUUAAAAGCGUACCUAAAUGUGUCUUUAAACAAUGAUAUGCUGAAAUAAUCAAACUUACAGUAACACAAACAUGCUUUUUUUCAUUGUUAUGAACUCCACCUUUUUUUCAUAUUAUGCUGAUUUUAUUGUGCAGACCUGGUCAGAAGUCUGUUUCCAAAUUAAUCACAAAUCCGACUAGAGCUGCAUAUUUAAUUUCUUUUUAUCAUUAUUUAACUCUAACCUUCAGUUCAGCCCCCUAAGAUAACAGAGUGUUGCUGUCACAGACGAGCCCUCAUCAUGAAUACUAAUGGUGGAGUUGUGUUGUCUCUCUCCCUGCAGGUAUUUUGUCAAAGUGUCCUGGGGUUGGACGUUGCUGCUGCUGACCCCCUUCAUCCUGCUGUCCAACUCCUCCUUCAGCAGGAAUGUGUCCUUCCUCGUCCGGCGGCUGCUCUCUCUGGUCGUGGCCACGGCCAUCUGGUACCUCUGCACCGAGACCUUCUUCUACAUCGAGAAUGUGACCGGAUCGUGUUAUGAAAAUAACACCAUGGUCGCCGUCAAAGAGGAGUUCAUUUCCAAAGCCACCUGCAGGCGGGCCGGCUUCCACUGGCACGGUUACGACAUCUCAGGACACUCCUUCAUCCUGUCCUACUCUUCCCUCUUCAUCAUGGAGGAGAUCGCCCCCAUGGCGUCCCUGAAAAAGGCCAACAUCUCUGCUCUGCCGAAGCUGGUCCUCAACCUUCUGUACGUGGCCUUGAACCUGAUCGUGACCAUCUGGGUGCUGAUGUUCUUCUUCACCUCUCUGUACUUCCAUGACCCGACUCAUAAGCUGCUCGGGACCAUUUUUGGCCUGCUUGGUUGGCAUCUGACAUAUCGCUUCUGGUAUCUGAAACCUUUAUCGCCGGGACUCCCCCCUCAGCGUCACCCGAAAGAACAGAAAGAGCACGCCUGAGCUGCUGCCAGACUCCCCUGUACAAUGUCGUUGCUAACGCCGCGGCCCUCCUCAAAACAACACACUACAGUUGACGUUAUCUGUCCACGGGUCCAAGCUGACUUAAGUUAUUUAAAGCCAUUUUGAGUUUCCCCCCUCGCACAGAGGAGCCGUUUGUACAGGAUGGAGUUUGGCAGCUGCUGUUCCCAAAAUGACCCUCGGUAAUCUGAGAUAAAAACAAGACGCCGCUCCGCUGCUCGGCUUCACCUUCAGCCCGCUGUGGCUCGCAUACUCAGCUAUUGUUUCUAUCCCAGUUUGUUGCCUUGUAGAGCUUCACUCAGAGGACUCACACUUUUUUAGACGUGUCGGUGGGAACACUUGAGGAUGUUUACUGUCGGUACUGACGAUGUGUAUUUUUGACCAGUGUACAGUAGCUAUUGAUUGUUUUUAUUGGAAAACUACCAUCAGUCUGAGGGAUUAUAAGGUGUGGGGUUAGUGUGACUUUAUGUCUAAUUUAAUUAUUUUAUCAUCAUUAAGGUUUGCUGAUUAUUUAAAGACUGAAAAAUGUCCACUGCAGUUUUUUUAGAGUCGAAAUAAUGACUAAAGAUGAAUUUUAUGUUCCAUUACAAAGAGUAACUAAAUAAUCGACUAAGUGUUUCAGACGGGGUUUCAUUUGUUGUCAACAACACCAGAGACGACCAAAGCUAAAUUUAAAGGGAUAAUCCGGUGUAAAAUUAAUUUAGGGUCAAACACACAGUAACAAGGAAAGUUAGUAUAACUAGAGAAGCAAGCGGUCGGCAACAUUCCUCUCUUGAGGGGAUGUCUAACUCGGUGUUACUUGUGUUUGACUCUAAAUUAAUUUCACACCAGAAUAUCCCACAAAAGAACUCUUUUCAUAAUCGUAGAAGUUUUUAAGAAUAAUUUUAACGGCUUUUUUCUGCUUUUAUCAGAGAGGAUUAGGACAAAUUAUGUGAGGGAACAACAUAUUUAAACUGUGCUCCAGAAUACUGAUAUUAAAUGUCUGUGCCAUAGAGCUCCAUCAAUCUCCACAGGGUGUUAAAUGCUGAACAGGUAAAGUUAACUCUCUUGAACACCAGGGUGCUGCCACAAAGACUCACUUCGUUACCGAACAUGUAUUAACCCACGUUUGCAAACAUUCUUCAUUCACUCGUGUUUUAGUUAUGUUUGCUAAAAACCACCAGAUUUUAAGGAACUGCUCACUAAUUGAUCAACUUGAUUUUCAUUUCUCUUAAUGUUCGUUUUACUUCCAGGUGGAGAUUCUGUGCAGAUUUGUUUCAGUGUUUUUGUGGGAUUUGUCAACAGUGAGGUUACUGAGAAAUAACUCAAACGUUUUCAUGUUGUGGGGAAAAUUCAAGCGCAUGUAAAUCAAAGCAGCUCUGUUGUCUGGCAUCCAAAUGUGCUUUAUGAAACUCAUAACUAUGAACCCACUUCCAUAAGAGUUAGGAGGCUGUGUGAAGAUAAAGAGAUAAUGCAAAGACAACAUAGUAGACGUUGGAAUAUGUCGACUGUUGUGAUGCUUCUCUUCUUCUUUUAACACCCUGAAAGUUUGAAAACGAAUAAGACCAGUUUUUGGAGUUUUAAGGUGAAAAGCUGUCCCAGUCUUUCCUGUAAUAUGACAGUUUGGGUUUUCUUUGUUUUAUUGUUUUAUUUUUUAUGCGCCAAAUGUUUUUAAAGGGUGAGAAGUCAGGACUGCAGGCAGAUUUAGUUUAGGAUCUGGACUCUUCUACGGACUUGUUAAACCCUUAUAAAGGUCUUCUUUUGAUGGCAGCAGAUGUGUAAACUACUUAAUUAUGCACUGACAGAUUCUGGCUUUUGAAUCGCACUGAUUUAAAGUCUUUUUGGAGCGGAGGAUGUGGCGAACAAAUCCUGAUUUGAUUCGUCAGACCAGAUGAGGGCUUCCUACUUUGCUUUGGUUUCUGUUUCUAAAGUUUAACCUGCAUGUUUAGAUGCAACAACAAACCGUUUUUUAAUUUUUCAUGGUGAUUUCCACGACAGAGUCACGUCUAUUUUUAAUGCAGCGCUGCCUUAAUCUUUAAGUAGUUUGCAAACACUUCACACAGCGUCCUAACUCUCAAUGUUGUAGAAGCUGUUCAGUGACGGGAACAUAAUAACUCUAUUAAACCAGGAUGUGUGUAUUCCAUUUUCAGUAUUUAUUUGUCAUUGAUGGCAACUGAAUAAAUUAAGGCUUAUGAACAAACAUCAUAAAAAGCACCAUAAAUAAAUGCAUAUAUAGAAAUAUAAAAAAUAAAAAGUUAAAAAAUAAAAAAAUACU